AUGCCCGUCGCGACCCGCGCCGCAGUAGGUCGUUCCGCGACGCGUACCCCAGAUCUAGAUAAUCCCCCAUCAUCAUCACCAGAAAUACAGCGAAGCAAAUCAGCAAUGCUCCAAGGCAACACGGCUGCCAAGCCGGCUAACCCUAAUCCUAACGCGAACGCGACCGAAAUAGGAGCACAAAUGAUUAUAAACCUUAUUAACAGUCUAAAGAAAGCAAUCACCCAAUAA